CUCCCCUCGGCCGACGUAUGUUGGCCCCAGCUGUUUGAUUCAAGCCGAUCCGGCUCCCGCCCGCGGGCACCCGCGCGCGCCUGGGCGCGGCGGGACUCGGCCGGGAGAUGCCCCCGAAGGGGCGCGCCCGGAAGCAGCCCGCGGAGGCCACCCCGGAGCCGAAGCCGCCGCCCGCUGACGACGCCACGCCGGAGGGCACGGGGAAGCGGCGGAAGGUGGACGGCGCCGGCGGCAGCGCGCCCGGCGCCCCGGCGGCCGCCGCCCCGGCGCAGAAGCCGCCGCCCGAGGCGGCGGGCGCGGCGGCGGCGCCCGGCGGGUCGAGCGGCGACACGGGCCCCAUGUCGCUCUGGAGGAGCGCGCCCGGUGCCAGCCUGGUGGCGCUCUCGUCCGCGGCCUUCGACCCCGCGCUGCGGGCCGCAGACUACCCGGUGGGCAAGCCCGUGGGCUUUGCGCUGGUGUCUGGCGCUCUCAGGGAGAUCGAGGCGUUGAAGCACAGCGGCAAGGGCUCGCGGAAGGUCAUGACCGUCAUUCUCAGCAACCUUUUCCGGACCUUGAUACACUCGAGGCCGGAGGACCUGGCGCCUACCAUCUACAUCUUGAGCAACAAGGUGGCGCCGGACUACGAGGAGGCUGAGCUUGGCGUCGGCGACAGUAUUGUGAUUCGCGCUCUCUGCGAAACCUUCGGCAGGUCGGAGAAGCAGAUCAAGAGCAUGAUGGCCUCAGCAGAGGCCAAGGACUUGGGGGAGGUGGCUCUGCAGAGUUCCCAGUCUCAGAAGAGGCUCAUGAUGCCAGCGAAGCUGACCAUCGAGAAGGUCUUCAGCGAGAUGCGAGCUGUGGCGCACGCGUCUGGCAAGGAGUCGCAGAAGGUGAAGAAGGAGAAGAUCCAGAAGCUGCUCGUGGCAUGCCGAGAGGAGGAGGCAAAGUAUAUCGUAAGGACGUUCCAGUCGAAGUUGCGCAUCGGCAUUCAGCUCCCCACAGUGAUGCAGGCUCUGGCCUACGCAUUCGUGCUCACGUCGCCGGCCCGCUCGGGUGUCCCGCUGGUGGCCGACACCCGCAAGGGCACGCACAAAUUGUCGGAGCAGAAGUUGGACGAGGCCAUGUCUGCGAUGGAUGCGGCGGUACGGCAAGCCUUCAGCGAGAUGCCCAAUAUCGACAAGCUGGUCGGUGCCCUCCUGGAGGGCCGAGAUGCCAAGACCCUGGCAGAUGUCUGCAGUAUCUCGCUCGGGGUCCCCGUGAAGCCGAUGCUGGCGAAGCCUUCGAAGGGAAUCGGCGAGGUGGCGUUGCGCCUCUCAGGCGUGCGCUUCACGGGGGAGUGGAAGUACGACGGGGAGCGGGCUCAGAUCCACGUCCUCUCUCGAGACGAGAUCUACGUCUACAGCCGCAACUCGGAGAACAUGACCGAGAAGUACCCCGACGUCAUUAAGGUGGUCCGGGAGACGUUGUGCGAGGGCGUCCAGAGCUGCAUCAUCGACAGCGAGCUCGUGGCCUUCGAUCUCGAGGCGAAGAAGAUCCUUCCCUUCCAGAUCCUGAGCACCCGCGGGCGCAAGAACAUCCAGAUAGAGAGCAUCAAGGUGCAGGUCUGCAUCUUCGCGUUUGACCUCAUGCUCCACAACGGGACGCCUCUCGUGAAGAGACCGCUGGAAGAGCGGCGCAACACGCUGUGGAAGACGCUCACGGAGACCGAGGGCAAGGUCAAGUUCGCCACUUUUCGGAAUUUUGACGAGCUUAAGGAGGAGGACGUGCAGGAGUUCCUGGACCAGUCGAUCGCCGGCUCGUGUGAGGGGCUCAUGUUGAAGACGUUGACUGACAACGCGAUUUAUGAGCCGUCGAAAAGGUGCAUCAAUUGGCUUAAGCUGAAGAAGGACUACAUGGACGGCAUGGGUGACAGCAUCGACGUAGUUCCCAUUGGUGCCUUCUACGGAAAGGGCAAGCGUACAGGCGCAUAUGGCGCUUACUUGUUGGCGAUAUACAAUUUGGAAGAGGAGGAGUUCCAGACGGUGUGCAAAGCAGGCACUGGAUUUUCUGACGAAGAUCUGGCCACGCAUUACAAUUUCUUCAAAGGCCGGGUGCUGAAAGAACGGGAAUCCAAUUACAACGUCUCUGACAAGCUAAAGCCCGACGUCUGGCUCGAGGCCUGUCAGGUCUGGGAGAUCAAGGCGGCGGAUCUGAGCAUCUCCCCGGUGCACACCAGUGCGUUCGGUGUGAAGGCGGAUGGCAAGGGUAUCGGCCUCCGAUUUCCCAGGUUCCUCCGGGUGCGCGACGACAAGGGCCCCGAGGAUUCCACAGGCGCCGACCAGAUCGUGGAGAUGUUUGAGGCCCAGGCGUCUGUCGGGAACGACGGCGGCGGUGGAGGCGACGACGACUUUUGAGCGGCUCAGGUCAAGGAGUCAGACAGUGUGGGGAAGCCACGCGCGCGCAGGGGGUGCACUGCAUUUUGUUGACCAGUGUAGCGAGGGCUUUAGUAAUCUUUAGCACGCUCGCCGAGUGGGGACACGGCGCGAGCGCUUCUCAAACUUUCUUGUCUCAGCUCCUCUCCCUCCUCCCUCCCCGCCGCUGCUAAAUGCCCCUCAUCCUUCCUUCCUCUGGGCAUGCCAGGGAUCAUCGCAGUGAGCCAUGCCGUUGGAGUACUUCUGUCCGCGGCAGCCGAGACCAGGCAUUCGCUCUCGGCUCGUGCGGGGCAGGCAUCCGUUGCAACCCGUGGCGGACGCACACCAACGCGCGCAGCCCUACCCGCUUGCCUGCUCGAACCGUGCCACACCCUUGCAUCUACAGUGGAGACCCCUGCCAAGAAACACCCUGCUUGCCCCACCCAGGCC